AUGAACUCUGCUGUCACUGGCUCUAAAGGAACCCGUCUAAUGGAAGAAUAUCUGGAUAAAUCUAUUUUUGUGGUCAUGCGGGAUGGGAAGUACAUGGUGGGUACCCUUCGGUCAUACGACCAAUACUACAAUAUUCUCCUGGAAGACAGCACAGAAUACACUACAUCCUCUACUGAGUACUCGUCCAUUGAGAGUGAGUCUGUUCUUCUACGGGGUGAAAACAUAAUUUUAUUAGGGGAAGGUACCUUCUCCCAUGAAGAGAUGGAAAAAGUGCCUGAAAUAACUGAGAAAGUAAAGACAAAUGAUGACCUGGAUUACAUUGCACUCUAG